AUCCUGAGCUCGGCUCCUCCUCAGAAAAACACAAGGGAAGACAGCUGCCUACCCAACCUACCAGCCAUGGCGCCACAUUCUUACUCCAUAGCCCCCGUCCAAAGCGAGCUGAACAUGACGCUGUACAACAAGGAGGUGUACGGUGGGCGGGGGACCAACGGAGUGACCACUCUAGUGAACCGAGGGCCAAUCGGCACCACCUGGGUCUUCUCGUGGCCUGUCACCGACGGGCCCGCCGGCGCCGACGCGAACGUCGUCGGCCAUCUUCAGGGCACCGGCGUUCAAGUCGCCACUUACCCCGACUACAUGUGGCACUACUCCCUUGGGCUGGUGUUCGGCCAGGGAAGCAGGUUCAAUGGGUCCACACUACAAAUACAAGGGACUUCCAAAAUAAAUGGCGAGUGGAGCAUUGUUGGAGGGACAGGAGAACUUGCUAUGGCAAAGGGCACGGUCAGACGCACAGAAGUUUCGUAUACGGGAAAUAUAAGGAUUUCAGAACUCAAUAUACAUGUGCUUUACACUCCAAUGUGACCUAUACAGAUGUCAAGAACAAGUAUCUCUGGAGGAGGACUACUAUGAUAAGUUCGAUGAGAUCUAGGGUGUGGAGAAGUUAUCUUAAUCUGGUUUAUUUUAUUUAGUUAUUUUUGUAAGAUGUUUUGUCAUGUAAUAAAGAUUGUGACAUUGGUUUAUAUACACACUGAGUCGUCAUAUAUGUGAAAUUUGAUCCUGACACGU